GCGAAACACACAAAUCUUAACGCAUUUACAUACGAAACGAAGACGAAGAAGAAGAAGGAGACGAGCAUAAAACAGCAGAAUUUUCGUUUCGAUUAUUGUCGGUAGAUUUUUUAUGCUCAUUUUCUACAUGAGCGCUGCUGGCAUGACAAACAGUUUCACAUAAUGAAAAUUAAUCGCUCGCUGAUUUUGUGUUAAAUUUCAAAAAUCAAAAAAAAAAAAUCUAAAAAAUAUACACAAGAAGAAGAAAAACACAAAAAGGCCCAACCGAAAAACCAUUAAAAAAACAACAACAACUUGUGCGUUUUGUAAUAUUCCGUAUUUAUACUUAUGAUUUGCCUGCGUGCUGUUGUGUUGUCUGUUUACAGUGCAUUCCAUGUGAAUAUCUACUUUAACUAGCAGCUUAAGCACUUUGGAUAACCUUUUGGAGUACUAUAAUAAAUUACAAUUUCGGCUGUGGAUAUACGCCUCGACUUGGAUUAAUUAGUUAGGAACAGCGCCAUGUUGAACAUUAGCUAUCAUAUGUGCGCCUUUCUGUUGGCCAUAACAACGGCCAUGCUGUGGGCCAAUGUGCUGGGGCAGCAGGCGCAGCUUCUGGAUGAGGAUGAGGAUGUCUUUGGCAGGCCCUGGCCCACGUACAGUCUGCAGAAUAUGCCCAAGACGAAGUUCACAUGCCGUGACAAGAUACUUGGCGGCUACUAUGCCGAUCCCGAGACGCAGUGUCAGAUGUUUCAUGUCUGUGUCAAGCUGCCCGGAGUGGGGCUCUCACAUCGAAGAGUUAAUUCGUUUGUCCAACAGGUGCAGGACUAUCGCUUCCUCUGCCCAAAUAGCACUGCCUUCGAUCAGGAGCUACAGAUCUGCGCCAACUGGGCGGACGUCGACUGUGACAAGGCACCGGCAUAUUUUGAUGGCAACAAUCUAAACGAUUUAUAUCGCGGCGGCGAGGAGAGCAAGAGCCCCAACCAGGGGGAGGAAGAGGAGGGAACCUUCCAUUUGCAGCGCGCCGAAAGUGGUGAUGUGCGUCGCUCCAAGGAGAAUCGCGGCGAUCAAAAGUCGCGCCCCCGACAUAAUUAUGGGCAAACAGCGUCCAGUGGCAGUGCGGACAGCACGCAAACAACCAGGCGACCCAUCACCAGCUAUUAUACACCCACGACAACAACAACGACAACAACAACCAGCACCGAGCGCAGCUACUAUAACAGCUACAACAACAACAACAACAACAACAACGAUGAUUCGAAGCAAGACAUCGAUGAUAUCUUCAAGGGUUCCCACAGUUCGCACUUCUUUGCCAAUCGUCAUGGCGGUCGCGAAUUCGAUGAGGAGCCGGCUGUGGUUGCGCGUUCCAGACCCAACGAUUUCAACGAUUAUAGUCGCAAGACCACGGAGGCGGCCAGCAAGACGCGUGCCACGCCCACGCGGGCACAGCGCACCAGCAGUCAAAUACCCGCGUUCACAACAACAACAACAACAACAACCACUAGCAGCACAAGUGCUCCUCCUAGCAAAUCCCUGAAGAAGAUAACGCUGCAUGCCGCCUACAAUACAGGCUUCCCGGACUACACGCAACACCACAAAUCGAGUACGCCCAGCAGCGUGGCGCCCACGGCGGGCACCACGCCACGUCUGGGCAGUGGCAUCACCAGCCGGUUUAGUUUUGGAGUGAACGACUAUCAAACCCAGGAGCGCAUACAGCCGACCACGUAUAAUCCGAACAAUGGAUAUCGCUUCAAGAGCACGGAGCUUCCUGCCAGCUCAACCAAGCUAACGGGCAAGAAUGCUCAGGACUUUGACAAGGAGACGACCAGACGUCAUAAUAAGCCCACGGUGGCGGCGCGCAAGCAAAAACUUGGCCCACAGGAGUCCAACUAUAUAAAUCACAACGAGUUUGCCGAGCUGCCCAAAGCGAAGCUGCAGCAGCCACAGCCUUUCCAGGCGACAUCAGGUGCCACCCGCAAGCCCGCCCAGCUGGAGCCACAGUAUCAGCGACCGCGUGCGAACGGGCAACAGUUGACGCGCGUGGGCAGUCAGGAGCCGGCGCCGUUUAAAUCCUCGUCAGCAGCCAAGCCGCGCACCUUCACCAGCCGUGGCAGCAUCACCUACAAGGCUACCACGCAGCGUUAUGCCGACGAUGAGUUCUAUUAUCCGACAACCACCAGCACGACGGCGAAUCCCAGCAAGAAGUUGUCGACGCAAGCCUACACGCCCACCACCUUUAAGCCCACCACAUACAAGAAGCCCUACGAGACGAACUAUUAUCAGGCGCCGCAAACGCUGCGUCCCAGCCAGAGUGCGAGUCCCAAGAAGACAUCAGCUGUGACGCCGCACUCGGUGCCGACCACCACGGCCAAUCCGUAUUUAAAUGUGGAUGAAGAUGACGGGCAAUACCAUCCGGAGCUGUAUGAGAAUGAUUUUCCGCGCAAUCGUUUCAAGUUUCUGCGCAACAGAUCCACCAGCUCUGGCACCUCGACAAGCACCACCAGCCCUCUGGCUGUGAGCCGUCAGCCACAUGGCUUCCAUCAGGCGCACAGCCAUCUGAAAAGCCAGCAGCAGUCGGCGUAUCAAAAGGAGCGCGAGCAGGAGCAAUCGGAUCUGAGCGACGAAGAUGAGCUCUUCAAGACAGCGCAGUCGCUUAACUUUGGCGCUGCCAGCAUUAACAAGCUACGCGCUGACAUCUACAAGGCGGAGAAGACAUCACAGCAGUAUAACUCGCAGUACAGUCCACAGCUGGCGCCAUCUAGUCCGAAGACGACCGCACAGACGAGCAGCAGCCCAACAACCACAACCCUAACCACAACCACAACGAGCACAACAAGACGCCCCACAACAACCACAACGACAACAACAACAACAACAACAGCAAAGCCAACCACAAGCUCCGCCUUGGAGGCGAAGAAAUCAGCGAAGAGCAAAAAGGAUGAUAAGAAAAGCAAAUCCAAACGACCGCCUCAUGCCGAUGAGGAUACCAGCUAUGACUAUGCCUACUAUGACACGGACUGAGCUUCAGUUCCGGCCCAUUACAUUACAACUGCAAGCUCCAUAUUUUGUAUUCCUUCAUCAUAAACUAACAAUGUUCAUAGCAUAAAAGCAUGCAUCAACUAAACAUUCCAACCCUCUCCAGCAGCAACUAUAUAGGUGCCACAGUAUUUUAUAUAUACCGUACAACAAAAAAGAAAAAGAAAAACUACCCAUUUUCAGCGAUUGCUCGCAUUUUUCAUUGCCUUCGGCUGCUCGCACAGCCCUCGAAUACCCAUUAACACUCGCGUACAUUCAUUCAAUCAGAUGCGUUUUAAUGAAUUUCCAUGCGUGUAUCUAGUUAUUUAAAUAAAACAAACAUACUUUUAGUCGUUAGACAAUUGUUAAACUGAACGGAAGCGAAACACAAAAAAUAUUCAAGAAAGACAAAUACAAUUAGACCUGCAGCCAGCUAAAUUUAAACAAAAUAUUUCUAUUCAACAAUUUGUAUUUGUAAUGAUUUUCGAUUGUAUUGUAUUGCGAAAUUUUUAUUAAUUUUAAGUUUUCUUGUAAAUAAAAUGAUAAAUAAUA